ACUGUGAAGAGAUAGAGAGGGGCAGAAGAGAACGGAAACAUCAAUCAGCCGACCCGGGGGAGCAACAAUGGAAGAAAUUUCUUGAUCUUCUUCCUCAAAAACUUUUUCUUGCGGGGAGAAAUUCCGCUGCAGAAGUGGAAACUAGGAUCAGGGUCGGAUGAGUUUUGAGCUUUUCCCGGAAAAAUUCCGUCAAUUUUGUCCAUUUAUCGCUUGUUCUGCUCAGGUUUUGUGCUUCCCUGUUUGUCUAAUUUAUCAUGGCAUCUUCAGAGUUUCAGGUUAAGUAAUUGAGGGCAAAGGGUUUGGUUGAUUUCUCAGCCAAUCUUCUUUUCCCAGUUGGUUGGUUCAAUCCUCUGCAGCGAAACUCGGGCUUAGGUUUUUGAAUGAUUUGUUGGGAGCAGAUUAUGGAGAGGGGAGAUAGGAGGGAGCGGUCGAGGAGGUCAUCGGAAGCUGAGUUCUUGUUGCAGUGGGGAAACCGGAAGCAGCUCAGACGCGGGAGGUCCAGAGAUCCUUCUACCUCUGAAAAGUUUGGUGGCAGAAUUGAAACUCGGGAUGAUCGCUUUCGGUUUUCUUCGGUUGGCGAUGGCAACUCACAUCUUCAGCCUAAUGAUCGCGUCACCUGGAAUUCUGAGGUGGCUGCACUUAGGUCCACCUUGAAUGAAACUCAUAAAUCAUCUUCUUCCUCUCCGGAGGAGGGGCGAUUUGACUUGGCGAGAAAAGGAUCGAUUAUGGGUCUUGUGGAUAAUCUGAAGGACAAUGGUAGAGAAGAUAGAGGAAGCUGUUUGCCGAGACUAUUUAUUACCCUUUCAAGCAAAGAGAAGGAAGAAGAUUUUCUAACUAUGAAAGGGUGCAAGCCUCCUCUGAGGCCUAGAAAGCGACCGAGAACCAUCCAGAGAAGCUUACUCCUUGUCACUCCAGGGGCUUGGUUGGCUGAUAUGUCACAAGAUAGAUAUGAAGUAAGGGAGAAAAAGAGCUCUAAGAAGAGAGCAAAAGGUUUGAAGGCUAUGACAAACGUCGAAAGUGCCUCAGAGUGAUUUGCCCUGCAUUUGGUCAAUCGAAGUAGGCCAUUCCAUCCUUUAGAGUUUCUAGAAAAGUUUAGUUCCUAAUCAUUUUCCGAAUAAAAUGACCAAUAUAUCGUUAGAAGAUGUUAUGGGUUGGUUAUAGCUUGAAGUUGCUUGAGCUUAUACUGCUAUAUGGACGGAAGUGGUUUUACUCCAAUAAGAGAUGGGAAGAAUCAUGUGUAAACCAUGAAUGCUCGAUUAAUUAAGAAUCAGCGAAAUAUCUGAUAUAUCUUACUCAUUUUGUUUAUUGUCAACUAUGAACGGGCAAAAUAUUCUUUCC